AGAUCUCUGCAGUUGCCGAAGAGACGAAGAACUGGAGAGGUGAUCUCGCGAAAAAAAAAAUAGGUCGGGAGCGCUCGCGAUAUCUCAGACCACCGGACUCAAAAGGUUCUUAGGAAGUUGACGGACUUGGAGGAGGCCCGGGAACAAAUGGCCGGAGCUGGACCAACGAUGCUGCUACGAGAGGAAAAUGGCUGUUGCAGCCGACGUCAAAGCAGCUCCAGCGCCGGGGACUCUGAUGGGGAGCGCGAGGAGGACUCGCCGGCUGCGCGCGCUAGGCAGCAGCUGGAGGCGCUGCUCAACAAGACUAUGCGCAUUCGCAUGACAGAUGGACGGACCCUGGUCGGUUGCUUCCUCUGCACCGACCGUGACUGCAACGUUAUCCUGGGCUCGGCGCAGGAGUUCCUCAAGCCGUCGGAUUCCUUCUCUGCUGGGGAACCCCGUGUCUUGGGUCUGGCCAUGGUACCUGGACACCACAUCGUUUCUAUUGAGGUGCAAAGAGAGAGCCUGGCGGGGCCUCCCUAUCUCUGAGCCCUGUCGCACAUGCCUUUCAGUCCUCAUUAAACCUGUAACUGACCGUAA